CAGCUGUCGCAGGCCUUUGUUGGCUACCUUACUUAUUUCGUACCUGACCAUCACCACUUUCUUUCCAUCUCGCAUCUUUUCCUACGCCAACCUAACAGGGGCUCUUUAUUUGCGCAUCGUCACCGUUUCCCUUCGUUAGCGUCUGAAUUUCUGAAUCUGCUUCAAACGACUGUUAGCCGCGCCGUCGAAGAUCGAGCUUGAGAGCAUUUGCUCCUCUACGACGUGCACCAGCGCAUCCGCUGCUUUGGAGCCAUCCAGCCCCCUCUCUCGAAGACCGGAAUUCGGGAGGCUGACCACGUCCCUGGAAUUCCCAAAGAACAAUCCGCAGUUCUAUUGACAAGCCUACCAAUGCUGGCCCAGCCACGUCGAAAUUCGAAUAUUGAUUCUUGCUACUAUCCUUGUGGCUGGAACUCACUUGUCGGGAUAUUUGCUUCGUCUCCUAACGAUCCCUGACCCACGCGACGACUGCAUCACGACAACGCACUAUCUUCGCGACCUUCUAUCGCAUUGUUCUCGCGAAUCAUUCUAUACGGCUUUCGAAUCGACUUUUAGCCGCUCGGCGGCUCCUUGCGAUAAACCAUGGCCUUUCUAUUCAAAUCAAAAAAGCAUCCAGAGAGGUCGCAGCCUGCAAGUCGCGACGCAGGAUCUGGUUCUCAAGGGUCGAUCCAAAGUGUCAGCGCCCGUACUGCUGAGAAGAACUCUCUACAGCAUCGCGCAACUCCAACUGGGAGCUUGAACUCAAUCGAUAAUGAAGGCAGUAACGGUAGUCCCGAUCAUAGCCAUGGCCAUGGCCAUGGACAUGGGCGCCGUGGUGGGAGUGCUGACCAACCAAUCCAACAACCAAGCGAUACAUCAGUACGAAAUGGCACCCCCCUGAACGGUCCCAAUGCAUCUCUAUAUCCCUGGUCACAACGCCGAUUGACAUAUACUUCGACACAUCCGUCUCCCUUCCCUCGAUAUGGCGCUGCAGUGAACUCUGUGUCGUCUAAAGAAGGAGACGUGUACCUCAUGGGUGGCCUGAUCAACGGGUCAACAGUCAAGGGCGAUCUCUGGAUGAUCGAGGCUGGAGGUAACAUGGCAUGCUAUCCAUUGGCAACCACGGCUGAAGGACCUGGCCCAAGAGUUGGACAUUCGAGUCUGCUUGUCGGCAAUGCAUUUAUCGUAUACGGAGGCGACACUAAGAUUGACGAGGCUGACGUACUUGACGAGACACUCUAUCUUUUAAACACCUCAACAAGACAAUGGUCCCGCGCUCUACCAGCUGGGCCGCGACCUUCAGGUCGCUAUGGCCACUCACUCAACAUCUUGGGCUCUAAAAUCUAUGUCUUCGGCGGCCAAGUUGAGGGGUUGUUUAUGAAUGAUCUUUCGGCAUUCGAUCUCAACCAGCUUCAGAUGCCAAAUAAUCGCUGGGAAAUCUUGGUCCAGGGCGAGACAAGCCCCAAGAUGCCCGCGGCCCGUACUAAUCACACUAUGAUCACAUUUAACGACAAGAUGUAUCUCUUUGGCGGUACGAACGGCUUCCAAUGGUUCAACGAUGUUUGGUGUUACGAUCCAGCUCUCAACAAGUGGUCUCAAUUUGACUGCAUUGGCUAUAUCCCAGCGCCACGCGAGGGGCACGCUGCUGCUCUUGUAGACGAUGUGAUGUACGUCUUCGGAGGACGAACAGAAGAAGGGACAGAUCUUGGCGACCUCGCAGCUUUCAGGAUAUCAUCGAGACGGUGGUACACAUUUCAGAACAUGGGCCCUUCCCCAUCUCCCCGUUCUGGACAUAGUAUGACAACCGUUGGCAAAUCGAUUGUGGUCCUUGGCGGAGAGCCAAGUUCAGCAACUACAUCUGUCAGCGAUUUGGGCCUUCUCUAUGUUUUGGACACCUCAAAGAUCCGAUAUCCGAACGAUGCGCAGCAGCCGGCUCAGCAACGAGCUCAAGGUUCACGUAGACCAAGUGCGAGCGAAGGCAGCCGGCCACAUCCUGCACGAGAUGGAUCGAAUGGACCAACGGAUUCAAGGAAGUUGAUCGCAGGAGGUGCUUCUGUUCCAGCUAAUGGGCAACGAUCGCCGCCCAAUAACGGCGACGCGGAAAACCCCCAGGCUGCAACCGCCGGCACAAAACUUCCUAGAGCUUCAGCCAUGCCUCCGUCUGGCCCUCCCCCUCAGGGGCCGAUGCCUGCUAGGCCUACGGUUGAUGUGUCUGCAGUUGCACGAGUCAGAGGACAGUCUGCCGAACGCAGUGGAGCCUCGAGCUCUCCAAGGACAAUGCACUCCGGGUCGCCUAUCACACGAGAGGUCAUCAAUGAAACAGAAAGCCCCAUAUCGAACGGUCGACGAACGCCAGUCCAGCAAAAUGCGCGCGCUGGCUCCAGGCAAGAUCAAGUGAAUGGAGACCCAUACAAGGCGAAGGCAGUUCAACAAAGCCGUCCUCAAGGAGCAGGUGAUGCCCCUUCAGACGUUGCUCUCAAGCCGGCAAUUGCACCCCGCCCAGCAUCGCCGCCCGUCCCCAUGAGACAGCCAAGCAAUCCCCUUUCCAGGCGGUCUUCUGGUAGAAACUCUCAAACAGUUGUUCUUCUAAAGGAACUGGACUCGGCUCGAAACAGGAACGCAUGGUAUGCCUCAGAGUUGGAGCUCGCGCGUAAGGCCGGCUACGUGCCCAAUACUUCAUACAGCCCUCUGCUUGACAACAAGGCCACCGAAACUUUUGACGACGAAGACCAGCCGCUUAUCGAGGCUUUGCUGGCGAUGCGAUCUGAAUUAGCAAAUGUCCAGACGGCAGUAGACAAACAAGCCGUACUUGCAGCGAAGCAAAUUGCCGAGGCUGAAAAGCAGCGCGAUGCUGCCAUCCAAGAAGCUGUUUAUUCUAAAGCUAAGCUGGCUGCCCACCUAGGAGCAAGUUCAGCAAGCACACCACAGCUUGAUGGCCCAAGAGACGAUUUUGAAGGAAGGUCUAGUGAGUUGAGCAGGAAGCUUGCAACUGCACUGCACAUCCAGAAAGAUCUCCAGUCACGACUCGAUUCGGUGAAAAGCGAACUUGAUUCCGAGAAAAAGGCACGACAGUUGGCAGACGACACCUCGAAUGCAGCCCAAAAGCGCAUGGCAGAAUUAGAAAGUUACAAACAACAAACCUCGACAGAGGUUGAACGCCUCAAGGCUGAGCUGCAUCUUGCCCAGCACGAAGCACGAGAGCAUUCAGUUGCGCACGCUGAAGUUGCCGCUGCUGUUGAACUUCUCCGCAUCGAGAAGAAUGAUGUGCAACAGAAGUACGAAGAAGCCAUUGGAAGCUCAAAGGACCACAGUGAAACCUUUGAUUCCCUCCGAGCUGCAAUUUUAGCAUCAGAGGCCUCGACAGGCCUUCUGGAAUCGAAGCUCGCUGAAGAACGAUCCCAGAGAGAGAAGAUCGAAGCACAGCUCAAUAAGCUUAAGUUUGAGCAUGAAGCUCGUACUGCGGAACUAGUAGCUACCACCCAGCGUCUACGUGAUGCGGAAGAGCUUUCAGAAAAACACGCGGCUGAGGCUAGAACGAACCGUCAAGCUGUUCUCGCUGGUCUUGACAAAAUUUCUGCUCGAGAUGUUUCUGGAUCAAGCAAGGCAGACGCCGAGCGCAUUGCUGCGUUACAGAAUCAGCUCACCACCUCGAACGAAUUGGUCAAGAAAUCCCAACAAGAGCUCGAGGCUGUUGUUCACAAGUUGCGUGGCGCAGAAGAACGUAUUGCUGGUCUUGAGCAAUACCAAGAACAGUCAAGCCGGGAGGGAGUCACCAUUCGAAGGCAACUUCAAUCUGCGCUGCGUGAUACACAAAGCCUACAGGCAGCCAACACCGAUCUUAAGAAUCAAUUGGCCGCUCAACAACUUGAAACAAACGCGAUGACGGUUCAGCACAAUGCGCUGAAAGACAUCCUGAGUGAACGUGGCAUAAGCCCAACAGCCUCUAUUCGUGCUCGGAAUCUUCCCAACCCACGAACGAACUCGCCUGAUUUGAACCGUGUCAGAGAUCUUGAAUCUCAGCUCGCCACCUCAUCGACCGCUCACGAAGAGACUAAGCAAGCAUUUGCAAUCCAAAUUCAGGAAUCCGAGGCUGCCUGGCGUGAGAAGCUUUCGCAACUUGAAAGUGAUUAUCAGUCGGCUGUGCACUAUGUUAAAGGCACUGAAAAGAUGCUCAAGCAGCUCAAGGAUCAAUUAUCCCGGUAUAAGACAGAGAAUGGCCGUCUGAAGACAGAGAUUGAGGAGCUGGAAGACCGUGUUCAAAGUGGCACAGCCUCUACCUCGCCUCGUUGGGAGAAUGAGAAAGCCGAACUCGAGGCGCGUAUUCGAAGCCUCGAGACAGAGCUUCAAGAGUCUUCUGCUCAAAUGGAGAAGCGACUCCUCGGUCUUCAAACAGAACUCCAGGAGACCAAUCAUCACCGCGAAACAGCUUUAAAGAACAGCGAAGAGGCUACACAGAAGUUGAACAACCAUCGUAAGGAUCUCGAACAACUACAAUCAGAGAAUGCGCUGCUGGAGCAACGCGCUAGCGAUGCUGAACAGAAAGUGGCCCUUCUACUAGACCAAGUCGAGCACUCUGUCGAUAACUACCGCCGACGCAGCCGUCAAGUGCCAAGCUUGAACUCCGAGAUGGCUGCAAGUGCCAAUGGGUUAGGACUGGGGCAUUCGAGGCAAGAAAGUUCCGAAGGUGAAAGUAUAUACGGAGGCACCACCAGUGGGAAUGGUGGUCUGGAAGCUAGAAACAGUGCUGCCUUAGACAGCCUUGCCAAUGAACUCGAGACCCUUCGAAGUCAAUGGGAAGCAACAAACAAGAACUAUCGACUGAGCACCAACUUUGAUUUCGACACUACCUCGGCUGUCAAGAAGGACAACGAUACCGCUGCAGGCGUUGGCCUUAGCGAGAGCCUUGCGGAUUGGCGCAAAAGACUCGAUACCGAGGAACACCACAGUGAUGGCGAAAAGCCCCGACAUCCCUAAUUCGAAGCACUUCCUGGCUGCCGAUACGCACUCAUGACUCGAAUAUACCCACCGUCUUCGUUUUGAUUUAUCGGGCCAACGGUCAGUGUCUGUACUUCCUGAUCUUUGCCAAGGUGGAAAUGGAGUUCGUUGUCUUAGUUAACAGACAACCUUUUUGUUUUUAUAUUCGGGAUUUCUUUCUGUUUCAUUUUGCACUUUUCAGCUUGGUUGAUUCCCUGAAAUUUAAUGCAUUUCAAAGAGUGGUUGAUGAUCUAUUCCUCCCCUUUUCCACUUCUCUUAUCGACGAGUUGGGUUGGCGGACUUUUGUUCUAGUUGUUCUUCUACAUGUUUGAAGAACACCGCAUGUAAAAUAGGAGACUUUUUUCUAUUCGUCGGUUCUGUGGUAGUAAGGGAAAGAAGAUAGGCAUGGAUGGUGUCUUUGCCUUUUAUAGGAAGAUCCUACUUUGUAGCACGAGGCAACGUACGGUUGGAAGAAGCGUCAAUGAAUAAAUGAAGUAUUGUCUAUUUUUAAAUCUGGAGUAUUCACCUCACUCUUCUAUACCCAUACUUGUUGAGUGUAAGCUUGGGCAUAAUUAUCCGAUCAAGUCGUUUCAAAG